AUGUCCACCGACGUCGAAGGGGCUGCCGCGGUGACGGCUGUGGCGCAGAGCAGCGGCCCUGAUGCUGAUGCCGGGGGAAACAAGUUCUCGCAUGCCAUCGCGGCGUGGAGGAAUGUCGACCUGACCAACCUCAUCUCCAACCUCGACAACACGGCAUCGGAAAUCGUCACGUAUCAGCGGGACUCGACGGUGCAGCGCAAGGAGUUGGCGCAAAAGACAAAGGAUUUUCGAAAGUUGGACGAUGCGACAAAGUUGACAGAGAUCAAAGGGCUUCUCAAAGCAUACCAAACCUUCAUCGACCUCCUUACGAACCACUCCAAGUCGGUCAACUCGGCGUUUCUCAAGGCUUACAGCUCGCUGUCCGAAGCUCCCGAUCCGUACCCAUUACUAGAAGCAUCGGUUGAUUCGAUGCUCGUGUCCGAAGACACGCUACCAAAAGUGACAGAAGAGAAUCAGCACCUGCAAAAGAGCGUCGCAAAGCUCACGGCGCAGCUCGAAGAAUCCGAGUCCCGACUUCAGAGCGAGCGCGCUGCGCGAAAGGAACUUGAAGACCAAUUGGAGAGCAAGGUCAAGGAAGUAGAGGCGUCCUGGACUGCCGUCCUGGACGAGAAGAAGGAUAAUUGGGAGGCCAAGGAAAAGACGCUCGAAGAGAAGAUUGCGAACCAAGAGCGCCUUUUGAGCGAAGUCAAGGCCAACUACGAAGUCAACCAGCGGCUGGGGAAGGCCAGCGGCGACGACCAGGAUGGCCAACGUACCCAGGCCUUGAACGCAGAGCUGGAGAUGCUCCAUGUGGAUCUGGAGAGGACGAGCUCUCGGCUGGCCGAGGUCGAAGCGCGGAAUGAGCAGAUGAGACUCGAGCUGGCCCAGGCCAAGUCAUCGCAACAGACCCAGUCAACAUCCCUGGAGGACGACCCUGGAUACAUGCGCAUGCGCUCAGAGAAUUCGUCUCUGGUGCGCAAACUGGAAGCGGCGAGAGUGGAAAAGGAAGGAUAUAAGCGAGAACUCGACAGCAAGCUACGAUCUGUAGAGCGGGAGGUGGCUUUGCUAAGGGAGGAAAAGGAGUCUCUCAAGGCAAAGGUCGACAAGUGGGCCGAUUAUGAAGAAGUGAAGCAGGAGCUCGAGGUGCUCAAGAGCAUCGAGUUCUCGACGGGUGAUGACGACGAGGCAGCGCAUGAUAUGGAAGGUGUCGCCAGCAAAGGGGAUACUCUGGAAAAGCUGCUAUUGGCACGGAACAAGAAGCUCAAUGACGAGCUGACGAUCCUUCGCGUGUCACAUCAAGAUCUGCAGCGCAGGUUGGAGGAUAUCCAAGAGGAGCUUUCGAGGACCAAUGCAGAGUUGGAGAAGGCUCAGAACCUGAACGAGAAGCUGGAGAGCGACUUGGAGAGCCUCCAGGCAGAAGGGGCGAAUGCGUUCCCGUCCGGUGCGUCCGUUGCGGGCACCUACAUCACCCGGGCGCAGGGGCGCAAGGGAAGGAUCUCACCCACAUCAUCCAUCAUCAGCGGGAUAGAUCCUCGGACGGCGCCAGGAGAGCGCGAGCCAAUGGGAGGAGGCUCCGGCAUCCUCCCCAUGGUGACGGCGCAGAGAGACCGGUUCAGGAAGAGGAAUGCUCAGCUGGAGCAGGAGCUUUCAGAAAGUCAUCGAGUUGUGCAGCAGCUGCGUCAAGAAGUGGCUGCUCUGCAAAAGGACAACCUGAACCUCUACGAAAAGACAAGGUACGUGUCGACGUACAGCCGAGGGGGGGCAACAACCUCGUCUUCAUCGGCCUACGCAACGAACCCCAACCCAUCGACAGUCACAAUUGGCGGGUCAGGAAACCCCGGCAUGGAGCUGGAUCGGUACAGGAAGGCGUACGAGUCCAACAUCUCGCCAUUUGCGGCAUUCCGCGGCCGAGAGUCUGCCCGGGCAUACCGGCGCAUGAGUCUCCCUGAGAGGGUAGUGUACUCGGUCACGCGUAUGGUUCUGGCGUCGCGGACAAGCAGGAACCUGUUUGCCGCGUACUGCGUGGCGCUCCACGUCCUCGUCUUCUUCUCGCUGUAUUGGCUGGGGACGUCGGACCUGGAGAGGCACGCGAGCAACUUCGGGUCAUCGGCAGCUGCAGCCGCGGCGGGGGCUGCCUCUGGCGGAGGGGCAGUAGGGGGAGGAGCGCCAAGCGGAGGCCAUGGCGAUUGGCAGGAGGAUGGCUUUGAUGGGUGA